AUGCAUUCGUCUGUGGGCGGAAGCGAUGUUUCUCGACCGUCUCUUGCGAUCCCAUCAACAAAAGCAUCUGAAACUUCUUCCGGAAUGUCUCCUACUCGCUCGGAGGCAACACACGUCCGAAGGAAAAAACCUCCGGCGUUGAGCCCAGAGCCUGUUGAUAUUUCGGCCCAUUCGUCGACGGCUUCCAGCUCCCCUCCUAAAAGCUCUGUCUCGAGAAUUCCUGUAGAUGGUGUAGUAAGACCGGGACAUAUCGUCCCACCCGACUGGAGUGCAGCUGCUGUUUCGGUUUUAGGUUCGGCUCCUCCUUCGGUGGUGGCCCCCACCCCUGCUCCCGCUUCAAUCAUAGGGUCGACUAUGAUGUCUUCGACCUUAAAUCCUCCUUCAUCGUACAAGCAACUGCAGAGUCGGAGAUCCAGUCAACCUGCGCCCCGUACCUCACCCUCCGGAUAUUCGCACUCUCAUAGUCACUCCCAGCCUCUUGUAUCUGUCCCGACUCUACCGCCAAUUGCCGCAAGUCCACGUACCAGUGUAGCAGACGCCCCUCCAAACCCGACAACCUUAUACUCGAAUUCAUCAGGGUUUGCUCAAGGACAAAAUUCACUCGCACAUCAAACGGGACUAAAACCUACAUCUCUAGUACCUCAAAGUUCUUCUGUGCAUUCGGAGCGAAUGAAGCCAUCCCAGUCAUCGCUGUCCACUCACUCUGUGAUUCCUAAACCAACUGUCACUUCAUCCAGGUCUCAAUUACUACAAGUCCCUCCUCCCUCACAAGGCUUCUCCUCGUUAUCACAUUCUUCCCCCGCCUCUAUCGUUGGAUCCCACAUUUCAGAACAGUCCUCACAAGGUUCACGAGCACUACCCGUACCUCCUCAUUCAACUAUAUCUACGGCACAGCAACCACCUGCAGUCGCGUUGUCUAUGGAUCACACACCCUCGUCCUCGAUUCAAGCUUGGAGAACUGGGAUCACGACUUCCAGCUCUCGAGGGUGGGGGACUCCUUUCAAUACCCAAACGCCUCAACAGAAUAUUUCUCACUUAGCAUACGGUAGCAUGGCCUCCAUCCCUCCAACAGCCUAUCCCCAUCCUAGCAAUUUUCGAUUGGACCAUCUCUCAUCAAGGACUCAAGGCCAACUCAGCAUACCCCCGCCCACUCGUAGGUACUCCUACGACACACCUACCAGUGGGCUUCCACUUCCUUCCCAACUUUCAACUACCUUGGAUGGUUACACCUCAUCGCCCGAUGUCAGUGGCCGACAAGGGGCAUCUCCUGUCAUAGGAGACCCACGCACAAAUAUACAAUUUGACGAUGGGAAACCUGCUAUUCAACGCGCGCCAUCAAAAUUAAGGCGAAAGCUCACUAAAAAUAGGGGGUGGGUGCCAAAUACAACCGCAGCUGCCGCUCCCGCGGCUUCGACAUCCACAGUUGCACCCGCGCCCCGGCUGGAAGGUGCGUUAGCUCCAAGACAACAGAUUUCGUCUGCACGUGGGAGCCCCCCACGCGUGAUCCAAAGCGGGGGACAGGCUCUGGUACCUGCCCAGCGCGCUUUUAUUGGAUCUCAUCGUCCCGCUCAAGAGCGUAUAUUAUGGGGGCUCCCGCUUGACAGAGAUCCGCGAGUCCGACAUGCCAUCCAGAAGAUUGAGAGGAUUAAGGAGGCAGUGAUCACGUUCGGAGCAGAGCAAUUUGUAGAUACAAAAAUGAAAGGGGCAGUCAUAUGCAAUGUCGAUUAUCGCUCACCCAACCAUCCUGAAGAUCUGGCAUUUGACUGGAUCACAUACAAAGAUGCUCAAAAGACACUCGAUUCGACCCUUCAAAAAUCUGUCACACGCACUGAUCCAACGAACACCGUUCUCGUCGUCAUCUUUCUUCUAUCACCAUCCCUCAACUCACUUGCUAUAUGGCGUAAAUCGCUAUCUAUUGAUCCUACGAAAUUCGACAGAGUUCUUGCCUACAGGGUUAAUAAAGUCAAGCGCGAGACAGCAGAUCAAGAAAAAGAUAUGGUUAUUAAGCUGUAA